AUGUACCCUCCAACCUAUUCAGCUACAAAAGGCAUUGCACUGUAUUAUUUGGGUCAUCUACAGCAAUUCUUCGAAAUUGAUAUACAACGCCUACAACGAGGGAACCCAGCCGAAGGUACAUUAAAGCAUCUAAAUCCCUUCCUGGACAAUGUAUUUGGUUAUCAAUUAGUAAAGGUGGGAGGUCGUCUCGAGCUGAGUGACAUCUCAGCAGGCCAACGUCACCCUAUUUUGUUGCCGAAGGGCUGUUAUUUUGUGGAACUUUAUGUUCGGCAUGUACACUUGUGCAGCUAUCAUGCAGGCGCAAAGGCACUAAUUGCCCUUACUCGACUAAACUUCUGGAUAAUUAAUAUUCGAGAAAUUGCACGCCGAGUCGUGCACUCGUGUAUUCACUGCGUGCGUUAUAAACCCAAACUACUUAAUCAAAUGAUGGGUAAUCUCCCAAUCGAACGCCUCACUCCAAGUCGUCCAUUCGCGCGUAUAGCGGUAGAUUUUUGCGGUCCGAUAUUAACGUAUCUCCGAAUUCGGGGACGGGUUCCAUAUAAGACCUAUAUAGCCGUGUUCGUUUGUUUGUCUACAAAGGCAGCUCAUCUAGAAGCCGUGUCAGACUUAUCUACGGAGGCAUUUAUUGCAGCACUGAAAAGAUUAAUCGGUAGACGAGGGCUACCAUCAGACAUCUAUUGCGAUAACGCCACAAACUUCGUUGGGGCUAAAAACAAACUAGCAGAAUUAAAAAGGAUGUUUUUCGAGAAGUCUGAUCAAGUGAUGCUGCAGACCUUUUGCAGCAACCAAUUCAUAAAUUUCAAUUUUAUACCGCCCCGAGCACCUCACUUUGGAGGUCUAUGGGAAGCGGCUGUAAAAAGCGCGAAAGGCCAUCUGUAUCGAACACUAUCAAAUACUCGAUUCACCUUUGAGGAGCUUGGAACAGCACUGAUUGAAAUCGAAGCCAUCUUAAAUUCGCGACCAAUCACACCUCAUUCUUGUGACCCGAGCGAUUAUGAAGCGCUAACGCCGGCACAUUUUCUUAUCGUUGGGCCGCUCAAAACUUUAUCUGAACCAAGUCCUCAGUAUGAAGCUGCUUCAUUAAUUGAUAAAUGGUCUCGUAUAACCGCAGUCAAACAUCACUUCUGGCGCAGAUGGUCUAGAGACUAUCUGAAUGAGCUGCAGAUACGCACCAAAUGGACAGAAGAACAAUCUAACAUCACCGAGGGGGCUCUGGUUCUAAUCCAUGAAGACAAUAUGCCUCCACAACGCUGGUUGAUGGGCCGAAUCGUGCAUUGCAUCAGGGGUCCAGAUAAUUUGGUUCGUGUUGUUGAUGUGCAAACUCCAAAAGGAGUAAUACGCUGUCCAAUCCACAAACUCGCACUAUUACCAAUUGAAAAUCCUUUCAAGGGGGGCGGGAUAACAGUCUCUGAUGAUGCAAUCUGCGUCAUUGCUGGAAAAAUUCCAGUUGACAUACAUGCAAAAGAGUUAAGCCGUCUUUAUGGCAGGCAAGGCAUAACACCUACGAUAGAUCAAAAAUCGGCCGAACGCGCAUAUUCAUUUAGAGAAUGGCAGCAAAGAUGGGAGCAGUCCUCUAAGGGACGUUGGACAUAUACACUUAUACCUAACAUUAAGGAAUGGGUGUUAAGAAAACAUGGUGAAAUUGACUAUAAUCUGACUCAAAUAUUGAGCGGCCACGGAGGCUUUUUAGAAUAUCUCGAACAGAUUUCAACUGUUCGAUAA